AUGCCUGAGCCCGGGCGGCCGCGGGGCUGCUCUCUGCGGGAAGCGCUCUCCCUCCCCGGGGGCUCGCCGUCCAUGUGCCCGCAACCGGCGGGGCCUGAAGUCGGGAUGAAUUUCGGCGUGGUCUUCGCCUUCGUCCUCUCCCUGCCCCUGGCCCGCCUGGAGGGGGACCCCAUACCCGAAGACAUUUAUGAGAUUUUGGGUGGCAGCUCAGUGCGCUCCAUCAGCGACCUCCAGCGUGCCCUGCGGAUAGACUCCGUAGAGGAGGAUAGCUUGAGCCUGGACCUGAACGCAUCUCAACCUGGUCAAAACCCUGUGGCCCUGUCACGAGAGCGACGAAGCCUAGAUGCUCUGGCAGCAGCAGAGCCAGCUGUCCUCGCCGAGUGCAAGACGCGGGCGGUGGUCUUUGAAAUCUCCCGCAACAUGGUGGACAGCACCAACGCCAACUUUGUGGUGUGGCCGCCCUGCGUGGAGGUGCAGCGCUGCUCCGGCUGUUGCAACAACCGCAACGUGCAGUGUCGGCCCACCCAGAUUCGUGUCCGGCACGUCCAGGUGAACAAGAUCGAAUUUGUCCAGAGGAAGCCAAAAUUCAAAAAAGUCGUUGUGCCUUUGGAGGACCACGUGCAGUGCCGGUGUGAAGCAGUGUCCCGUCAGCCCCCCAGGAGCAGCCGGCCGGGGCCGCGCGAACAGAAACGCUUGUCGCCGUCGUUCACCACAGCCGCUGUCUCACAGAGGCAGCGAGUACGCCGACCGCCGGUGCAGAAGAGGAAACAUAAGAAGUACAAGCAUGUCAACGAUAAGAAAGUGCUGAAAGAAAUCCUCAUAGCAUAGAAGUGCUGGCAGGGGAGAGAGAGCACAAGGUUUAUUUAAUAGAUUUGCUGUAUUGCCCCCAUGGGGUCCUUGGAGUGAUAACUUUUCCUCUUUGUCCGUCUGCCUCGACGUCUGAUUCAGACGGCAAUUGGUGCUUCCCUUUCCAUCAGUGGACCUUCUCCCACCAAAGCCUCUCCCUUCUUUCAUUUAUUAGCAGAAUUUUAAAGUUUUACACACAAGAAAAAAAAGGACAAACAUGACCUAUAUAUAUAUAUAUAUAUGAGAAAAGAACAAAGUUCAAAUAAAACCACGAGCCUCGACAGCCACAAUAUGCAACGAGGACAGGACAAUGCCUUCCCUGCUCCAGAGGACAGGAUGGAAAAUGUGAAAAGGAAAGUGGGUCCAAUUUCUUCCAAGAGGAGGAGAAAAACAAACGGACAGAGGGUGGAAGGGGAAUAUUCUCUCUUUGCCUCGUGUUUCUGGUAAGGCUGGGGGGCCUGGCUGAGAUCAACACUUGCACUGGACCUACGUUUUGAAAACAGGCAUAUCUCAGACUGCUAGCAGCAACUGAUGAUGGAAAAUGCACUAAGGACUUUUAUCUCCCUACCUGGACAGAUAUAUAUUUUUAACAUGCGUGUGUAUAUUUUAUUUUAAAAAAGAAAAACCAAAACCACUAAGACAUACAACAUCUCGGGGAACAGAACAAAAACAAACAAACAAACAAACAAACAAACAAAAAAAGCCAACAAAGAAGCCAAAUGUUUUCCCCCCCUCCCUUUCCCCUCCUGCUCCUGGUGCUGACUGGAAGGUGUUUGGAUUGUGGGGAAGGAGCAGACGGCGGCAGAAUCGUCUCCACCCCCCCGGCCCCUGCCAAGGGGAGCCAUCUUUGCACAUGCUGGUGGAGAAUUCAACUUUCCAGGCUUGGACUCAAAAUUAUUUUUUAAAUUUGCUCUGUAUGUGUGCGCGUGUAUAUGUGUGUGUAUAUAUAUAUAUAUAUACGUGUGCGUGCGUGCGUGUGUGUGUAUGUGUAUUUAUACAUACAUAUAUAAAUAUAUGUGUAUAUAUAUAUAUAUGUUCUUAAAUGGAUCUCAUUCUCCGGUGGCAGUAAGCUCAGAGGCACGUGCAUCCAUCGGCUUCGUUGGGCUGGCAGAAAAGCACACUGUUACUGCAACGUGCCUGCGAGGUCCGGGACGGGCAGAGACAUCAUCUGAUCUCUCUCUGUCUUGUUGCCCUUUUCUCUUCUCGCUCUCCACCAACCCCCCCCCCAGCACAACUUCCUUGCAGGAGGCCAAGCGGCACCACAACAAGACCAACAACAGCCAAACUUAGAAGCAUGACUUAAUCUCAGUGAGCUGUCCUUGCCUGCUCUGUGGUCCUCAAAGCAGAAUCAUGUCAUUCCCCCGAGGUUUUUAACCCUUUCAGCAGGUGUCCUGCACAUCAUAUCUUCACCAUUCUCUCCCGGCCAAUGACCCCGCAUCUCCCAUCGUUUUCCUCACAUUUUCCCUCCCCAAUUCCUUAUGGAUUUUUGCCCGUUAGGUGUUUCCAGCCUACCUAGCUUGGAAGUUGGUCCAAGCUGUGGGCAGCUCAGUGUAGGUAUAGGGAAGGAAAUGAGGAUGGUCUUUGCAGUUGGCAGCAGCUGUAUGAGACAGAAAUGAGCUCUUCUAAGUGAGGAGGACUUGGAGAAGAACUGGAUGGUCAGUUGUAGAGCUCCUCCUGGGCCACUGCCUGCUCCAGAGGAGAGAAGAGGACUCUGUGUGCGGGGGCUAUUUCUGCACACCUAGUACUUAGUCACCAUUAGCAGAAAUGCUACAUACGAUGGGAAUUUCCAGUGUCACCUCAGAGACCCGGUCUCGGAUCAUACCGUGCUGGGCACUACAGAGUUACACAUGAAGAAAAUGCCUGACCAGAGCUGGCGUGGCAGCUCUUCCCCUCCUGCCUCCAGCCGCUUCCCCCCUCGCACGCACACGCACCCCUGUUUUGGGGCAAAGCUCCGGAGGGAGCUGGGGGAAGGAGGCGAAGCUGCAACCCGGGAGCUGUCACAAGUUGUGGAGGGACCCAGCCCUUGCCUCCUGCAAGCCCAGAGCACUUCUCGUACCACUGCCAAGGCACCACAUUGCUCCCUCCCUCCCUCCAUCCCCAAGCCCUCAAGUCUUAAGACACUUUGUUUUCCUGUUCCAAAAUCUGUUUCCUUUGGUUUGUAAAGAUGGUGAGAUUUUAUUUUAAUUUUUUUUGCCUUUUUUUUUUUAAUGUAAGAUUAAU